GAGAGAGAGAAAGAGCAGGGAGAGAGCUAGAGAAGGGAGAGAGCGAGAGAAACAGAAGGGAGAGAGAAAGAGUAGGGAGAGAGCGAGAGCGAGUGAGACGCUGACACUGAGAGAGACGCACCCUGUAAAAGAGGCAGAGUCAACAGCUACAGCAACAGAGCUCCCUUUCUCUCUCACACACAGACAGAGAACCAGACCCAUUCCAGGGGAGACGGUGAGCACACACCCCCACUGAGGAGCACCGUCUCUUGGGAGGAGAUCCCACACUCCGCCCCUCCUCCGUCUGUGUGUUUUUGCAAAAAAACUGGAAGAGAGACGUAGAAGACAGUGAAGGAAGGAGGGAUGAGUGGCUUGUUUGGCACAGCUGCUGAUACUAGAGGCUGAGAACGAGGGACACUGACGAAGAGAGAGAGAAAAAGAGAUCUGAAGACCAGAGGAUUGGAGGAGAGGAAGACUGGCACGUGUAGAGCUUCUCAAACAUAUGGACAGAGACAAGAGAGGGACACAGUGUCGGGGAACACACACACACAUCACACGGAACAAACAUCACACACACAUCACACACACACACAGGCACCGAUGAGGAGGGAACAGGGACCACGCUUCAGUCCGGGCGAAUCACUGGGAUUGGGGCCUGGUCGGAUGUCAACAGUGAAUCGCUCGCGUCCGACUCUUUGAAGAAAAACUCUUCGUCCAGUUUGAGGUGUGUGGUAAACUGACCCGGCCUGUGAUAGGCUAGGAGUCAGCACUGACCCAGCCUGUGAUAGGCUAGGAGUCAGAUCAGGACCACCAGGGCCAUGACUGGCUCCCCGGGCAUCAGUGGGCAGUCCCUGUCACCAUGGCGGUGGCUGAGUCGCUGGGGGCCGGUCCUGCUGCUGGUUACCAUGACAACCCUACUGCCAGGUUGUUGCCAGGCAUGCCCUCCACGGUGCGAGUGCUCGGCCCAAAUCCGGUCCGUCUUGUGCCAGCGGCGGCGGCUCACCGGCAUCCCAGAGGGCAUCCCCACGGAAACUCGCCUCCUGGACCUCAGCCGGAACCGUCUCCGCUGGGUGGAGAUGGGUGACCUGGCGCCGUAUCCGCACCUUGAAGAAGUGGACCUGAGUGAGAACCUCAUUGCCACACUGGAGCCCAACGCGUUCGCCAACCUGCAGAGCCUCCGGGUGUUACGGCUGAGGGCGAACCAGUUGAAACUUGUACCCAUGGGGGCCUUCGCCAAGCUGGUCAACCUGACCACGCUGGACCUGAGUGAGAACAAACUGGUUAUUCUGUUGGACUACACCUUCCAGGACCUGAGGAGUCUAAGACACCUGGAGGUGGGAGACAAUGACCUGGUCUACAUCUCUCAUGAGGCCUUCUCUGGCCUGCUAGGGGUGGAGGAUCUGACCAUUGAACGCUGCAACCUGACUUCCAUCUCUGGCCAGACGCUGUCCUACCUACGCAGCCUGGUCACUUUGCGACUACGCCAGCUCAGCAUCCCCGCCCUGGAGGACCAUAACUUCCGUAAGCUGGCCAACCUCCGGGGGCUGGAGAUCGACAACUGGCCUUACCUGGAAUACAUCUCCCCCCUGAGCUUCCAGGGUCUGGACCUGUACUGGCUGUCCAUCACCAACAGCAACAUGACCUCCGUCCCCUCGUCCUCCUUCAGAAACCUGAUCCACCUCACCCAUCUCAACCUGUCCUACAACCCCAUCACCACCCUGGAGCCUUGGGCCUUCAGGGACCUGCUGAGGCUCAAAGAGCUGAUCAUGGUGAACACGGGCCUGGCUACGGUGGAGCCCCACUCCCUGGGAGGCCUCAGACAGAUCCGGGUCCUCAACUUCUCCUCCAAUGACCUCCAGACUCUGGAGGAGGGAUCGUUCCACUCUGUAAACAGCCUGGAGACGCUGCGGGUGGAUGGGAACCCACUGCUGUGUGACUGCCGUUUGUUGUGGAUCCUGCAGAGACGCAAGACCCUCAACUUUGACGGCAGGGUGCCUGUGUGCGCUGGGCCGGUGGAGGUGCAGGGGAACAGCCUCAGCACCUUCACCGACUCAGCGCUCUUUGAUCACUUCACCUGCCAGAAGCCCAAGAUACGCAACCGCAAGCUUCAACAGGUGACAGCUCGUGAGGGCCAGCCAGUAAGUUUCCUCUGCAGUGCCGUGGGAGAGCCCGCCCCCAAUAUCAUGUGGAUCUCCCCUCAGCGCCGACUAAUCACAGCCAAGAGCAAUGGCCGCAUCACCGUCCUCCCAGGAGGGACGUUGGAGAUCCGCUAUGCUCAGGUCACCGACAGCGGCACCUACAUGUGCAUCGCCAGCAAUGCCGGGGGCAAUGACACUUACUUUGCGAUGCUCACGGUUCGGGGCGCGCCGCUGGAUGCCUCGUCGGCCUUCUUCGCCAACCGCUCGAUGUACGGCGGUGAGUUCUUCAACGACACAAACCUGAAUAGCACUCGCGUCUUCCUCAAGUUCACCCUGGACCUGACCACCAUACUGGUCUCCACAGCGAUGGGCUGCAUCACCUUCCUGGGCGUGGUGCUUUUCUGUUUCCUGUUGUUGUUUGCAUGGAGCCGGGGGCGGGGCCAGCGUAAGAACAACUUCACCGUCGAGACCCCUUUCCGGAAGGCCGAGGGGCCGGCGGCGGUGGGUGGUGCCGGAGGGGCCCGGAAAUUCAACAUGAAGAUGAUAUGAUACCAUGCAGCCAGGGGCCACUAGUAAGAAAGUAAAGAAAUAAAUAAAAAUAAAAUGCAUACAGUAUUCACACAUGGCUGGUAUUCACCAGGACCAGAUUCGGUUUGAGUGGAAAAAACAUGAUGACCUUUGACCUCACGGCCUCCUACUGGUUUUACUCAGCUCGUGGUACAACGUUCCGUUUAUAUUUGCAAACAAAUAUAACAUUGUCAUUAACCAGGUUUCCAUCCAACCCGUUUGUUUAUACGAGUAAAGUACAUGUCGGAUAAAAUAUAUCAUGCCAGGCCUGAUGGAAACAUUUGUUGGUUUCAAACUUUCCAAAUGUCGACAAAAAUAAAUACGCUAGACGAGGUGGGAUCUUUUGUGUCUGAGUCACGCGAUGACAUGUUGUGUGGUCCUCCCAGUACUACUUGUCAGGAAAGAACGCAGUUUAUUAGGCUACAGAUUAAAUGAAUUCUAAAUGAUGAUGAACUUCACAGGGUGAUGAAAGUACAAGGUGAUGAGCUUGAUGCUCCUUUCCAUUUAAUGUUGACGGUCUUAUUCUGGUACCAUGAUGAUCGAUGCUUGGCUGCUGUUUGACAAAUAAAAAUAAUCUCACUCUUUCGUCCAUAAUAAUCUCAUCAUGUAAACUAUACCCACAUUGUAUCUGCGAGCUGUUGGCUAGACAGCAAUAACCAAUAGACGCUAUAUAACGCUAAUUUUUCGGGGUGAGAAAACCAUCAUUCGAGUUAAACAAUGCGACGGAAAACAUGGGAAUUUAACUGCAAACGUUGUUUUUAUGUGCGCUACUUCAUCACGCACAGCUUUUUAUCCUCAACAAGUACAUUUGACGGAAACACAUCUCUGGUGAGAAAAUGCACAUAUUGUUUUUAUGCAGAUCUUAGAAUAUUCGCUUGAAAAUCGGUCGCCAAUUGGAUGUAAACCUAGCUACUGAGCUUGAUAAGGGGAGUUCAACUAGAUCACUCAAGUAUAACAUUACCAUUUAGCUUGAUAAGGGGAGUUCAACUAGAUCACUAAAGGGGUAUUUUGGAGAAAAAAAUAUAACAUUACCAUUUAGCUUGAUAAGAAUUAUAGAAGUUAAGAAUUUAGUGUGAUCUCUUAUUGGGUGAUUACUGUGCUGUGGAAUGAUCAUAGUUAUGCCUCUCUCACAGAAAGUGAAAAGGACUUCCUGGAGCUAUGCACUUGUAGUGGUCAUUGCACACAGGGCAUAGUUCUGACUAGGGGGAGUACAGCCAUGACCAGAAGUUAUGGUUAGAUAAAACGCUCUCCUAAUCUGCUGUAAAAAAAAAGUCAUUUCUGGUUGUAUCUGUAGUCCCUUUCGUCAUAGCCCAUGGAGAGACAUGGCUAUCAACUAAUCACAGAAUUUCUUGCCUUGCUUUCUUAAAUUCUGCCUUUCUGAGAAAUAUUGCAAUAGCAUGUAAGUAUUGCAAUUUAGAGUAUGUUGUAUGAGUAAUAAGAUUACAAUAUUGAAUAAAAACAAGCCAUUUUUGUAAGACAUUUGGGAUAUGAUUUCAAUUGUCACAUUUAUAAGACACCAUCAAGGCCCCUCCAGAUAAACGCAUGAAACCUAUUUCAAUCAUUUGACCUAAUAACAUUUAUGGGGAAAAAAUAUCAGAAGACACUUUGGCCGAUCUGUUUUUAAAUACCACAUCAUAUACACAUCAAAAUAAAGUAUAUUCUGAACAUUUAAAUGGGGCCCACUUCACUUUCAGAAGUGACCGUUUGCGACGAGGUUAGCUGUGUGAGUUGGACCAAGCGCACUGGCCGACGGUUGCCAUGACGGCCUGACGCCCCAAGGGUUUGUUUGGAAAGUCAAGCGCAGCGAACAUGAGGCCACAUGGUAACCGUGACAACCAACACAGCCCAGGGCAGGGGGGAGAUGUGGGGACUGUGGGACGAGUGGAGAGGGAGUAUGUCCAUGCCUCCUCUUUCCAACCUUCCAAUAAUAGUACUACCCUACUACUGCCAGUAGGGAGGGAUGUGGGAAGAGAAAGGUGGAUGGGAGGAGCCUAAGCCUCAUCUCUCUAACCUCCCUCUUACACUGCUCUCUGCUACUGCCAUGGGCUGUGCUGGGAAAAUAACUGACCUCCACAGAGCUGCCAGGGGGAGCAGCCUGGAAGUCAGAACACACUCAGAGUUAUAUACUGUACUGUACAUAACAGACUCACCUUCACAAAGGCUCUCACUGAGAGUCAUAUACUGUACUGUACAUAACAGACUCACCUUCACAAAGGUUCUCACUCAGAGUCAUAUACUGUACUGUACAGAACAGACUCACCUUCACAAAGGUUCUCACUGAGAGUCAUAUACUGUACUGUACAGAACAGACUCACCUUCACAAAGGUUCUCACUGAGAGUCAUAUACUGUACUGUACAGAACAGACUCACCUUCACAAAGGUUCUCACUGAGAGUCAUAUACUGUACUGUACAUAACAAACUCACCUUCACAAAGGUUCUCACUGAGAGUCAUAUACUGUACUGUACAUAACAGACUCACCUUCACAAAGGUUCUCACUGAGAGUCAUAUACUGUACUGUACAUAACAGACUCACCUUCACAAAGGUUCUCACUCAGAGUCAUAUACUGUACUGUACAUAACAGACUCACUUUCACAAAGGUUCUCACUGAUAGUCAUAUACUGUACUGUACAUAACAGACUCACCUUCACAAAGGUUCUCACUCAGAGUCAUAUACUGCACUGUACAGAGCAGACUCACCUUCACAAAGGCUCUCACUGAGAGUCAAAUACUGUACUGUACAGAACAGACUCACCUUCACAAAGGUUCUCACUGAGAGUCAUAUACUGUACUGUACAUAACAGACUCACCUUCACAAAGGUUCUCACUGAGAGUCAUAUACUGUACUGUACAUAACAGACUCACUUUCACAAAGGUUCUCACUGAGAGUCUUAUACUGUACUGUACAUAACAGACUCACCUUCACAAAGGUUCUCACUGAGAGUCAUAUACUGUACUGUACAGAACAGACUCACCUUCACAAAGGUUCUCACUCAGAGUCAUAUACUGUACUGUACAGAACAGACUCACCUUCACAAAGGUUCUCACUCAGAGUCAUAUACUGUACUGUACAUAACAGACUCACUUUCACAAAGGUUCUCACUGAUAGUCAUAUACUGUACUGUACAUAACAGACUCACCUUCACAAAGGUUCUCACUGAGAGUCAUAUACUGUACUGUACAUAACAGACUCACCUUCACAAAGGUUCUCACUCAGAGUCAUAUACUGUACUGUACAUAACAGACUCACUUUCACAAAGGUUCUCACUGAUAGUCAUAUACUGUACUGUACAUAACAGACUCACCUUCACAAAGGUUCUCACUCAGAGUCAUAUACUGUACUGUACAGAACAGACUCACCUUCACAAAGGUUCUCACUGAGAGUCAUAUACUGUACUGUACAUAACAGACUUACCUUCACAAAGGUUCUCACUGAGAGUCAUAUACUGUACUGUACAUAACAGACUCACUUUCACAAAGGUUCUCACUGAGAGUCAUAUACUGUACUGUACAUAACAGACUCACCUUCACAAAGGUUCUCACUGAGAGUCAUAUACUGUACUGUACAUAACAGACUCACCUUCACAAAGGUUCACACUGAGAGUCAUAUACUGUACUGUACAGAACAGACUCACCUUCACAAAGGUUCUCACUGAGAGUCAUAUACUGUACUGUACAUAACAGACUCACUUUCACAAAGGCUCUCACUGAGAGUCAUAUACUGUACUGUACAUAACAGACUCACCUUCACAAAGGUUCUCACUGAGAGUCAUAUACUGUACUGUACAUAACAGACUCACCUUCACAAAGGUUCUCACUCAGAGUCAUAUACUGUACUGUACAUAACAGACUCACUUUCACAAAGGUUCUCACUGAUAGUCAUAUACUGUACUGUACAUAACAGACUCACCUUCACAAAGGUUCUCACUCAGAGUCAUAUACUGCACUGUACAGAGCAGACUCACCUUCACAAAGGCUCUCACUGAGAGUCAAAUACUGUACUGUACAGAACAGACUCACCUUCACAAAGGUUCUCACUGAGAGUCAUAUACUGUACUGUACAUAACAGACUCACCUUCACAAAGGUUCUCACUGAGAGUCAUAUACUGUACUGUACAUAACAGACUCACUUUCACAAAGGUUCUCACUGAGAGUCUUAUACUGUACUGUACAUAACAGACUCACCUUCACAAAGGUUCUCACUGAGAGUCAUAUACUGUACUGUACAGAACAGACUCACCUUCACAAAGGUUCUCACUCAGAGUCAUAUACUGUACUGUACAGAACAGACUCACCUUCACAAAGGUUCUCACUCAGAGUCAUAUACUGUACUGUACAUAACAGACUCACUUUCACAAAGGUUCUCACUGAUAGUCAUAUACUGUACUGUACAUAACAGACUCACCUUCACAAAGGUUCUCACUGAGAGUCAUAUACUGUACUGUACAUAACAGACUCACCUUCACAAAGGUUCUCACUCAGAGUCAUAUACUGUACUGUACAUAACAGACUCACUUUCACAAAGGUUCUCACUGAUAGUCAUAUACUGUACUGUACAUAACAGACUCACCUUCACAAAGGUUCUCACUCAGAGUCAUAUACUGUACUGUACAGAACAGACUCACCUUCACAAAGGUUCUCACUGAGAGUCAUAUACUGUACUGUACAUAACAGACUCACCUUCACAAAGGUUCUCACUGAGAGUCAUAUACUGUACUGUACAUAACAGACUCACUUUCACAAAGGUUCUCACUGAGAGUCAUAUACUGUACUGUACAUAACAGACUCACCUUCACAAAGGUUCUCACUGAGAGUCAUAUACUGUACUGUACAUAACAGACUCACCUUCACAAAGGUUCACACUGAGAGUCAUAUACUGUACUGUACAGAACAGACUCACCUUCACAAAGGUUCUCACUGAGAGUCAUAUACUGUACUGUACAUAACAGACUCACUUUCACAAAGGCUCUCACUGAGAGUCAUAUACUGUACUGUACAUAACAGACUCACCUUCACAAAGGCUCUCACUGAGAGUCAUAUACUGUACUGUACAGAACAGACUCACCUUCACAAAGGUUCUCACUGAGAGUCAUAUACUGUACUGUACAGAACAGACUCACCUUCACAAAGGUUCUCACUGAGAGUCAUAUACUGUACUGUACAGAACAGAUUCACCUUCACAAAGGCUCUCACUGAGAGUCAUAUACUGUACUGUACAGAACAGACUCACCUUCACAAAGGUUCUCACUGAGAGUCAAAUACUGUACUGUACAGAACAGACUCAACUUCAAAAAGGUUCUCACUGAGAGUCAUAUACUGUACUGUACAUAACAGACUCACCUUCACAAAGGUUCUCACUGAGAGUCAUAUACUGUACUGUACAUAACAGACUCACCUUCACACUCAUUUACACAUGCAUUGGACCUUUUUUCAGGUGAACACAAAGUCAUAUACAGGCGAAACGCACACACACACACACAGACACCUAUACUACAGAUCUAUAAUAACUAGAACUGCACAUCACACUAUUACCACUCACAACACCACAUAUCUAUAAUAACUAGAACAGCACAUCACACUAUAACCACUCACAACACCACAGAUCUAUAAUAACUAGAACUGCACAUCACACUAUAACCACUCACAACACUACAGAUCUAUAAUAACUAGAACUACACAUCACACUAUUACCACUCACAACACUACAGAUCUAUAAUAACUAGAACAGCACAUCACACUAUAACCACUCACAACACUAAAGAUCUAAAGUAACUAGAACUGCACAUCACAAUAUAACCACUCGCAACACUACAGAUCUAUAAUAACUAGAACUGCAUCCACAAACAACCACUCUUCUCUUUCUCUGAGACGGCCAGUGCGCAAAUGUCUGUGCCCCCCUAGCCCAGUGCAUCCCCCGUCCCCACUUGGUCCUCCAAUGGGAGGGAUCCUUGGCUGGAGACCGAUAACAAAAAAUGUAAAUGAAGUCAUGUGAACCCUGCCCACGCCAUGAGCAUCGUAUAGAGGAGAGUACGGUGGUAUUUAUUAUGACAUGCUGUGUUCUCAUUCGUUUAGUAGCCUCCUUUUUGCGUUACCUCAGUUGAUGCUCUCCGUAAACCAUUUACCAUUAACCGUUUGGACUCUGUGGCAUCCAACAGUGAGAUUAGUCCUGUUCUCAACACCUAGAGGAGCUUCCAAUCAGUGUGUGUGUGUGUGUGUGUGUGUGUGUGUGUGUGUGUGUGUGUGUGUGUGUGUAUUUAUGUGUGUGUGUGUGUGUGUGUGUGUGUGUGUGUGUGUGUGUGUGUGUGUGUGUGUGUGUGUGUGUGUGUGUGUGUGUGUGUGUGUGUGUGUGUGGAGGGUUAACUAUUUGCCAUGAUGUAAAUGUUUAGGAAAUUAGAAGGAGCUUUGUGUAGGACACAAGUUCACAAUGCUUUCGAAUCAGAUGAAUUCUGAAGGCUCUAAAAUCAUCCUCCAGUACAUCUGUAGAACAAGCCGACUGUGUGAUGAUAAAUAGUUCUGUAUUUAUUAAAGUUUAAUGAGGCUGAAUGGAAAUAGAUUAGGAAAUUGGCCUGGUUUUCUCUCUGCCAGAAGAGACGUGUGAGAAUUCAUCUUUGCUCCCAUUGCUCCGGUCUUGAGAACAAAAGUAAUAACUCACUGGAUGUUUCCUAUUCCGUUCUCGUAGUUUUCCAAUAUUCCCAUUUUUGGGAACGUCUGUUGUGGUUGUUGCUGGUGUGAUGGUGUAAACGUCAAUCACAUAUGUAGGGAUUAGAUAGAGGUAUUUCAUUUUGUUAUCUUUCCCUCCUUCUUCUUCAUCAGUUCUUUCCCAGACCUCGUUGUCUCCAUUCACAGAAACUAGGCUGCAGUGUGGUUGUGUGGUAGUUGACACCUGUUCUAUGUGGUCGGUGAUUCGAUGUUGUCGUGUUUUGAGUUAUUGCUCUGAGUAAUAAUAUCAACCAUGGUGCAGGGACUUGUGCAACUGAAAUAAUGGUAAGGGGUGACCCAGGUUCUCUGAAACUUUGGUUCCUCUCUGGGAACCCUCAUACCCCAGCUUCUAGAUUAGAACCUUCCAUUCUAACUGUGCACUGCAUUCUGGGAUAUAUAUCUGGGUAACAGAAACCUUUAGACUGUUUGUAACGUCACUACCAAAAUUCUGUCGGAGUCACUAACCCACAAGAGUAAAGAUGGGAAAUACUGUUCAAACACUCCAGAAAUCUGGUCUGAACUGAAAACAUUCUGUACUGAUCCUAGACCAAAGCACAUCUCUAGCUAGCCUCCUGUUAAUUGAGUAUUGUUGAGGGGGAAUUAAAUUUUUCUCGCCCUGGGAGGUAUUGCUAUGCUGUCCAGGUUUGAAGAUAAGCAUUUGCAUACAUAUGAAAUCCAUUCGACCUUCAGGGGUCCUUGACUGUACGAGGAAGUAGAGUUGUAGUGUACUUCAUUUGGUACACUUCAAAUAGAGAGCCCUUUGAACUUAUCUCAAUCUGCUCUAUCUACAUCCCUCUACCUCUCCACCUGAACUAGAGCACUCGUUUCCUAGGUUACCACUUGAUUUAACCCUUUGCAGAGCGUGCUGCACAUUCUAAUUAUUUUUAAUGGAUGACGUUCAAAUGAAGGACUGUCCAUUAGUUUCCCUAUUCAACUUUCAACUGACUAGAGCACUGAGAAUUUAUUGUUCUAGACGGGCUGUCCUCAUUGCCUUUUAUGUUUCUGGGGGAGACUAGAAUGGGAGACAUCAGAGUGACUGAGCGAGUGUCUCGUCUCGAGAAAGUCUUGAGAAACUAGGCUGAGCGCUCCCCUGCCUCCCUCCCCCCAGUUUGUCCUUGCCCUGCAGAGUGUGUGCAUGCGUGCGUGCGUGUGUGUGUGUGCAUGAGAGACAGAGAGGCGAGACGUCCCAUUUUCAGCAGCCCCUGUUGUAGGGUAUACCCCCAAUAGGAAACCCCUCUAAGCUUGGCCCAGAGAAUACACGGAUGAUAAUAAAACUAAAACCAGACUCAGAUAAAAGGGGGAUCAUUAGCAGCUACAACGGUUGAAUAAUUUAAUAUUUUUGAAGUGCGUGUCUCUAUUUUACACCAAGGUUAGGGAAAGCAGUGGGUUUCUGCCCUUGAUUUCGGUGGCAUUCAUUUCCCCCCAGCCCAUUAUUAAAACAUCAAAGAAAUUAGAUUUGUAGUGUGUCCUUAUUUGGGCCAACAUAAAGUAGGAUAGGAGUGUAUUUUAACCACUCACCUCACACAAUUUUAAUGUUACCAUUGCCCUUAGCUUCAAUCAACCUGUCGACUGCAUUUUCAAAGGAUUUGUUAGACUCCUGUCAUUCCAGAUAUCAUUGAACUAAUUGGGCUCGAUGAGGAUGACAUAUGAUAGAGUGAAACAAAUAGAAGGAGUGAAGCACAACUGGUUGGUUGAGCAUUUGGGCUUCACAUGUUAAUUCCUCCGACCCUUUUCUUUACAUAAUAGUGAGCCAUGUUCUCCAGAGACUCAAUUAUUUGUCAUGGUCUCUAUUUCCUUGGGUCACCUUACCAGGACACAGGGUUCAAACUAUCUACUCCCUUAAGAAAUAAAGACCCACUAUUUCUAAGGAACCCACAGUAUUCGGAACUCUGAUAUUUAACCCUGAAGGUUACAGCAACUUUGAGAUUCCUUCUGUAUUGAAAAGCACUGUAUAAAAUGUAUCUAUUAUUACUAUGAUCAUUAUUUCCAUCAAUAAAGGCUGGCGGGUCUUGACCAGAACACUGCUGUGGACAGUAACCCCACUUUCAGUAUGGUCAUACUGACCCCUGGUGGUGAAAUGGGGCAUAGCAGAUUACAUGUGUUGACCAUGUUCACAAACUACCGUUAUUGAUGGGAGCAUUUCUGCCUGCACUGGAUCUCAGAUGAUUACCCAUGACCAAACACUAUCAUGAAAAACCAAUUCACUGUUAGCUUGGCAAGUCAGUAUUUUACUGGUUUGAUAUCUGACUGAUAAAACAUUCAUUCAAUUUAGCGUUGGGUAUUUGCCAUCAUAGCUGUGAUUCUAAGCUUGUAGACCUGAGAGAGAUGUAUAGAUGAAACACAGAUGCUGCAUUGGCUCCAUUGACUGUAGCUCAGACUGUCUGUUAGUGUUUAAAAAGUUCAACACUUUUCUGACCCCCUCGGGUUCCAAUAGUAACGAUAGAAAACAUGAAUAACCAUUUCUAUAUAUAACACUGUAUUACGCUUUCUGUAAGACUGAUGAUUCCUCUAAAGAGAUGGAUCAUUUAUUUUUCAAGCAAAACUUGUUUUAGUUUUUUGGUGAGUUUAGCAGGUUUGAUCUAUGCAUGCCUUUAAUAUACCUGGUCUUGCCAACCACUGAAUUGCAUCUAUAGGAAGACAAAUGUGUGCCACAGAUGCUAGCCAUAGGACUGGGUGUAACCAACUGCCAUAAAAAAAAAACAGACUCCUGUCCUCAGCAGCAAAUACUCCCCUGUAGCUGAAUAUGGAGAGACUUUUUCUUCUAAUGAUUUCGAUCUCAUAGUACAUCUGAGCAUGUGUACUUUGUGUAUCUUGAAAGGUUUUCUAUUUUGUAAAUCAAGGACUAAAGGAAUCUUUUGUUUUUGCGGGACCAGUGUGGUGUUUUAACUUUCUAUUCACCCCUUUUGGCUUAGUCUACUUUUCAUGAGUCACAAAUCAAUGUUCUGUAAAUACAGGAUUCAUAACUCAUGACCCCCAGAAAACAUCAGGCGUGAGAGGAAGGAUAUGGCACUCCCUGACCUGGCCGUCACUAGACGAGACGAGACGGUGCCAGGAACAUACUCUCCCUCUACCAGGUCUGAGCUGACCAAGCCUCUCCCACUCAUAACAAAAGGUUAAAUAUGGAAUUAAUUCUCUCUGUACAACAACAGUCAAUCUCCCACCAUGGGACCAGCAUAGAGAUUCCUGAGAUUCUUCCCUAUUCUUUAUUCUUCGCAUUUGUGUAGAGACAACUCUCUGAAGCUGUCACUGGGCAACCGUAUCAAAGAACCACCCUUUCAGGUUGUUGUGUGGAGCACCUUGAGACCAUAUGAAAAACACACACAUUGUAGCUUCUCUGUUUUUCUCUAUUUGUUUGUUUCAUUGUAGUAAAGUCUUUAUUCAACCACUGUUGAAUGGUAAAUGGUAAAGCUGCGCUGCAUCCUGACACCUCGCUAUGACAUUUGGAAUCUUUCUUCUGUGGUUUUAUUUGUUGCAUUGUUGUUCUAAAUAAUACUGGAGAAACCUAGGAAUGGGUGCCGAACCAUGGUGCUCCACCAACAGGCCUGCCCAGUGACACACACACAGUUACAGGGGAAAGGUUCUAAUCUCAAAAUCACAAUUCUAAUUCACUGGAGUCUCAAAUUCAAAAUGGUAUUCCACUUCCUACUAAAAAUAGUGCUUGAACCCUUGGCUUUGGAGGAAAGAACUGUACAUAUUCAAUAUUGGCCAUAUCACGUCAUCUUAUCUGUAGACCUCUCCUGCCAUGUCUGCCAGAGGAAAAUGACUGUUGAUUAUGUGUAAAUACUGUAGGUAUGGUUGUGUAGGAGACAGGACGUCUUUGUAAUAUUCUAGUUCCUUCUCCAAGGGUCCAAUCCAUUUCACCCAGUCAAAUAGCAACUUGGUGAUGACUUGUACGAGAGGUAUAAUACACAGUAGAUACAGUGCAUUCGGAAAGUAUUCAGACCCCUUCCCUUUUUCCACAUUUUGUUGCGUUACAGCCUUAUUCUAAAAUGGAUUUUAAAAAUUGUUUCCCCCUUAUCUGUCUACACACAAUACCCAACAACAAAAAUGCAAAGACAGGUUUUAAGAAAUUUUAGCAAAUAAAUAAAUAAUAAUAAAUAUAAAAUGUACAUAAGUAUUCAGACCCUUUACUCAGUACUUUAUUGAAGCACCUUUGGCAACGAUUACAGCCUCUAGACUUAUUGGGU